AUGACCUCGAUCCCUCCUCAGAAGCAAGGCCUUCAAGGACAGAGCGCUUCCUCUGAUACCCCCGCGAACACUUCCUCUUCGUCGCCCGCGCCGCCGGCCAACCGGUCGUCCUACGCCAACGCCACCAGAAAGUCCGCGACGGACUCGACCGCCGCGCCCGUCACCGUGGGUGGCUCUUCGCAACAUGGGCAGUCGACCUCAGCAUCUUCUGUGAGCGGCAAACCCAUGCAACAACAAACAAAUACCACCUCUUCCACCUCCCCCGGCGUCACCAUCGUCAAUGGCGCUCCCGCUUCCCAGCAGCAGCAGCAGCAGGGCGACCACUCUCGCAAACCCUCCGUGACCAUCACCUCCGCCGGUACUUCGGGGGGCUUCCCCAACGGGGCCCCUUCCAGUCGUCCCAACAGCUUGCAGUUCGGUUUUGCCAACCAGCAGACUUCCCCCAUGGGCAAUCCUGCUGUUUUGGCCGGCCAGCCGCAGUCCGGGUUGGGUGUGUCGCCUUCCAUGAACCCCCGCGUUACCUCGCCUCAGACCUCUCCGUCACCUAUCCCUCAGCCGGCUUCUAGUGGUGGUCGCCCUCCUCCGUCGUCUUACCAGUCGCAGGGAAAUGUUCCGAACUUUGGCAGCUUUGGUGAUGCCGGUGACGCAAACCGCCCGCAAGCCCCCCUUGGUCCCGGCCCUCAAUCGACUCAUCUCCGUCGCGAAUCCUCUCAGUCUACGCAUAGCGAUAUGAGCAACCAGAUGGGUGGCGCUCCCGCUGGUCCCGGCCGUGGUGGCUAUGGUGGCCGUGGCCGCGGAUACUCGCAGUCGGGCUAUCAGGGUCAGAUGCCCUACUCGCCGGGCCCAAACUUCCGUACGCCCAACCAGCCUCGCGGCGGACCCAACAUGGGCCCACAGUUCCAACAGGGCCGUCCGCUCGCCCCGUUCCCCAAUUCGCCACACCAGGCCAGCCGCAGCCCAGCUCUGGCCAACGCUCAUCCCACGACUCCCCAGAUGAACCAGGUCCCCAUGGCUCCUCCCCAGAUGCCUCCUCAGCCGUUCGCCUACGGUCAGCACAUGGCUCCCCAACCUGCUUACCCCCAUGCCUACGAUCCCAACUACGCCUACUACAACCCUGCCGCUUAUGGCAUGGGUCAGAUGCAGUACAUGACUCCUCCGUCGCCGCAACCGCGCCCCGGUAUGCCCUUUAACCCCCAGGCUCCGUACAUGCAGAACCAGUACCCGCCACAACCCCCCACCCAGGCGACUCCUCUGUCUCGUACGCCAUCGCAGGUGUCCAACGACCGUCCCAACUCGAGCCUCGGCCAGCCUCAGCCCCCGGCUGGUCCCCCCGGCGCCGGCCACGCUCACAACGCCAGCCGCUCGUCCAACAGUCCCGCCCCCAGCAAGCCGCAGUUCGUUCUUCCCUCGACGAAGAGGAGCCCCAUCGUCAUCAAGGACCCUGGCAGUGGUGCCGUCAAGACCUUCGACAGCAAGGGUCCCGGCUCUCCCGCUCGUGGUACCCCUUCGCCCGUGAAGAUGGCCACUCCUACUUCCACCCCUCCUCCUCGUUCCAACAACGGUCCCGAGCACCAGCGAUCGGAUAGCAAGGCCACCAAAACGGACGAAGAGAAGAAGAAGGAACUGAGAGACGCCGUCCGUCAGAAGAUCGAGCAGGACGAGGCCGAGCAGCGCCGCAAGGAAGACGAAGAGCGCAAGAAGAAAGAGGACGAGGAAGCCGCCCAGAAGAAGAAGGCUGAAGAAGAGGAAGCUGCGAAGAAGAAGGCUGCCGAGGAUGAGGAAGCCGCUCGCAAGGCCAUGGAAGACAUGAGCCUGAAGGAUAACAAGGACGAGAAGAAGGAUGAAGUAGCAGCCAAGCCGGCUGAAGAGCCCAAGCAGGCCCCUGCACCGCCCGCUGAUGAUGAUGACAUUGACUUUGAUGCCAUCGAGCGGGAGAUGGCAGAGAUCGAGGCUAAGGAAGCUGCCGCAGAAGCCGACUACUACGCCAAGAAGCAGCGCGAGAAGGAAGAGAAGGAGCGCAAGGAGAAGGAGGAGCUUGAAGCUUACGAGGCCAACAUGAAGAAUGCUGAACGCGAGGCUGAGGCUCUCGAAGAGGAGCGUGAGAAGAAGCGCGAGGCCGCCGAGAAGAAGACCGAGCCCAGCACUCCUGCUGAGAGUAGUGCCUCGACUCCCAUCUCCGACGUGUCCAUGGGCCCGCCUGGCAAGCCCGCCAGUGCCGCCAAGAAGCCCGCUGCGCUCAAGCUCGAGACCAGCAAGGCUGUCGAGCCUCCUCAACCCAGCGCAGCCAUGAAGGCUCUGCACACAGCCCGCUUCGUGGUCGACCUGAGUAAGAUCUCCUACCCUUCGUCGGUCGCCUCUCCAAACCCAGCUCUGAACGCCAACGCGCCCGCGGAUCGCAAGUUCCACUACAACAAAGAAUUCUUGCUGCAGUUCCAGGCCGUCUUCAAGGAGAAGCCGUCCGUCGACUGGGAUUCUCGCGUUCGCGAGACUGUGGGCGACACCGACUCGUCGCGUCCUCAGUCCGCACGCACACCUAUGACCAGCCGCACUCCUUCUCGCACGGGAGGCAUGCCUCAACCGUUCCAGAUGGGAACAUUCGGCGCCCCGAACCGUCACAGCUUGCCUCCGAACACCGACCGCAUUGCCAUUGCCAACGCUGCCCGCACUGCUUCGAUGAACAACCCAUUCGGCCAGUUCGGUCGUCCCGGUGGCAUGGGCAUGGGUCCUAUCGGUGGACGCGCCAGCUCCUCCGGCAUGCCUGGCUCGCCUCGUGUGGGCUCCAACCGCACCAACACCCGCAACAACAGCAAGCGUGCUGAGAAGCACCAGGCCAAGAAGGAAGAAGAGAUGGCCAAGAGCAUGCCGCUCACCGCCAGCAUGGAAGUCAAGCCCCUGCAGGUUUCCGGCACUGGCUGGAAGCCUCGCAGUCUUGCACAGCCUGCCGGCGCUCAGGCUGCCCCCGCCCACAUGCCUCCGGACAUGGUGCAGCGUAAGGUCAAGGCUGCUCUGAACAAGAUGACCCCCGAGAACUUCGAGCGUAUCGCCGGCCAGAUCCUGGAGAUCGUGUCGCAGUCCAAGGCAGAAAACGAUGGCCGUACCCUGCGGCAAGUCAUUCAGCUCACCUUCGAGAAGGCCACCGACGAAGCCCACUGGGCGUCCAUCUACGCCAAGUUCUGCAAGCGCAUGCUUGAGACCAUGAGCCCCGAGAUUCAGGACGAGAGCAUCCGCGACAAGACCGGCGCCGUUGUCACCGGUGGCAGUCUCUUCCGCAAGUACCUGCUCAACCGUUGUCAAGAGGAAUUCGAGCGUGGCUGGAAGGUCAACCUGCCGCCGAAGCCCGAGGGCGAGACCGAAGAAGCCGCCAUGAUGUCCGACGAGUACUACGCUGCCGCCGCUGCCAAGCGUCGUGGUCUUGGUCUCGUCAAGUUCAUUGGUGAGCUGUACAAGCUGGGUAUGUUGACAGAGCGUAUUAUGCACGAGUGUGUUAAGAAGCUUGUCGACUACGAGGGUAUGCCUGAUGAAGCUGAGGUUGAGAGUUUGACCAGUCUCUUGCGUACCAUUGGUGCUAGCUUGGAUGUUUCUGAGAGGGGACACGCCUUGAUGGAUGUCUACUUCAGUCGCAUCCAGAUGAUGAUGGAGACUGAGGGUCUACCUAGUCGUAUCCGGUUCAUGCUUAUGGAUGUUAUCGAUCUGCGCAAGGCCAACUGGAUGUCCAAGGACGCCGACAAGGGUCCCAAGACCAUCCAACAGAUUCGUGAAGAAGCCGCCCGCGCUCAGCAAGCAGCCGAGAUGGAGCGCAUGCGCCAGCAAGCUUCUCGUGGUGGCGGUGGCCGUCCCCCGAUUGGCCGCGGAGAUGCUCGCAACUUCUCUGGAUACGGUCAGCAAGCUCCUCCUCCGGACUUUGCUUCUAGCAAGGUCGGUAGCGAUGAUCUGCGUCGUCUGCGCACGGGCCGGACUGCCAACCAGCCCAUGUCGUUCGGACCGUCUAGCAUGCUGGGCUCGCGCAGCAACAGCCGUCGGAACCUAGGCCCCGGUGGCAACUUGGUCCGUGGUAGUGAAGACAGCGCGGCCAGCAGCCGUACCGGCACUCCUCCGGCCGGCAAGAAGGAGGACAAGGAGGCUGCUUCUUCGAUCAACGCUUUCAGUGCUCUCGCCAGCUUGGAAGACCGUGACAACUUGGCUACCUCUCCUCCGUCGAACCCUACGUCACCUAUGCUCACCAAGGCUCAACCCACAGCUGGCCAACCGGCAAACCCUCCGUCCAAGGACGGCGAAGCAUCAUAG